AUAAACACAAAGGUCAAAUAUAUGGCUUUGAUCAACAAGAUCCUAAACAUUGUUCUACCUAUUGUCACGGUUUCGUUUAUGUUGGUGUUCAUGCCAAUUUCAUUAUUCUUCAAGCUCCUCGGCUUUAUUAGGAGAUUCAAAGAGACUGAGAAAGUCACCGGGAAGGUCGUCAUCAUCACCGGAUCUUCCUCAGGAAUCGGUGAGCACCUCGCAUAUGAGUACGCGCGUAGAGGAGCAUACUUAACAUUAGUAGCUCGGAGAGAAGAUCGUCUCCGAGUGGUGGCUGACCGGUGCCGGAGGCUUGGAUCACCAGAGGUUGCCGUGGUACGUGGUGAUGUUUCAGUCAUUGAAGAUUGUGAACGUUUUGUUCAAGAAACCAUCUCUCGAUUUGGAAGACUGGAUCACCUGGUGAACAAUGCAGGAAUCGCAGAGGCCAGAUUGUUCGAAGACUACUCACAAAUUUGGGAUGUUCUUCCCAUUAUGAAUACGAACUUUUGGGGCCCGGUCUACGCAACGCAUUUUGCUAUACCACAUCUCAAGGAAACCAAAGGAAAGAUAGUAGCGGUCGCAUCGCCUGCUGGAUGGUCUGGAGUGGCAAGGAUGAGCAUUUACGCUGCAAGUAAAGCAGCUAUGAUAAACUUCUACGAGACUCUUAGAAUCGAGCUUCGUCAAGAAAUUGGUAAACAGGACUGGUCACAACUUGUGGCGCCAGAGUCAGCAGCCAAAUGCGCCAAGGCGGUUGUUAGCGGAAUCUGUAGGGGGCAAACCUUUGUGGCAGAGCCGUCAUGGGUCCGGGUUCUCUUCUGGCUUAGUACUCUAAGCCCUGAGCUUCUUAUCUCAAAGCCAAACAAGAACUGA